AUGCCCGAGCCAGUCGUGAUCGCGACUUCCAUCUUCUCGGGGUUCAACUCGUUCGUCAAAGCGAUCAGUCUCGCAGCGCACUACAAAGAGGUACCGAACGAAGUCAGGCAAUUGCAUACUAAUAUCGAAAGAGCCGAGAGUUCCAUCAAUAUUGCCAGACGGCUCCUUCGCUCAAAGGCACAUUACCUGGAUCCUCGACUAAUCCGGGAAACGGAGGAGAGUAUCGAAAAGACUAACAAUACUCUCCUCCUGGUUCGUGACUCGAUCGAAGCAUGUCGAAAGGACCUCGAAAUCCGUCAGACAGUGACACCCAAGAAUCGAGUCAUCUGGCUGCUAUGGAAGAAUGAGGAGUUCUUAUCACAACUUCAAACAUUGGGGAAUUGCCUAGGCGCGCUGGACCGAGACAUUGGAAGAUUGGAGAUGGCUCACCCGCCCAUCGUCUUCGUGAAUGGCAAUCUGUGGCCGCCAGCGUACGCUGAUAAUGAUUGCAAAGCAACUACCUUCGGAGUCGAGGCGGACGGCAAGGAGGAAAAGAAGCCGCCCUUUCCACGCAGCCCAACCAAGAGGAUACGCUCAACCUCACGCAGCAACAAUAGCAGCCAAGUUAACCUCCCUCUAGGCAAGCGGACUCAUAAGAGACACGGUUCAUCACGAAAUCUAUCACCUCAAUUUGCAGACGGCGACGAGGGAUACGAGUCCGACGAGCUUUCGUUACCUCCGCGUACCGCAGAUGACCAAACCUCCCGAGACGCAACGGAAGACCUCACUCUGUUCGCCAACACCACCAUAGGUAUCGGCAUCAACAACGACACCCCUGGCGUGGGCCUCGGUCUGUCCAUAUCGGAGGGCCAACUGAGUGUACGGCAGAUCGACUUUCUACAACAAGCUGGCCCGGCGAUCGCGGCCGCUGCCGCCACCCCCAGGUCGAGGCUCGGUAUCUCCGAACUGCCGGGACCAUCGUCAGAACUACAGGGCGAACAGCCGGAAUCAGACCUGGUUGUAACACAGACACAGAUACCAACAUGGAUACCAAUGCAGACACCGAUAUCAAUACCGACACCGACACAGACACAUACUCCGAUAUCUAUACCAACACGGACGAUCACACCGACAUCGAUACGAACCCCAAAUCCGUACACCUUCGCCUCCAAGAAUCCGUGGCGCAGGCUCGCAGUCCAACAAUCCACCUCCACCUCCACAUUAAACAGUUCUAUUGCCACGUGGCCCCGCUCAGACCCGCCCAACGCAGCCGACCCCGAUCUCGACGCCGCGAGUGUGGUUUCGACGAGCACGAGCACGACGGCGGUGGAGGACGCGGACGAAUCAGACGUCACCAGGGACUUGGACUUGGACUUGAACUUGCUCGGUCUUAGCGUCACGGCGCCGGCUGUCCCGACUAGAGGUGGAGCCUCAGGCGACGCGGUAUUGCUUCCAGGACCGGGAUUGGAGGUGAAGAAGGUGAAGUGGCGCCGGAAAUCGGGGUUCAUCUGA